AUGCUUUUCGGAAACUUCUGGUUGGCCUUUCUGGUCCUUUUCUUUCUUCCCUUAGCUGAAGGCCUUCAUGUAACCCCAGACAUUUCAGAUGAACAGCUGCGUAAUGUCUACGACUACAUCAUCGUUGGAGGUGGUACCGCUGGUCUAACCAUAGCCAAUCGCCUCUCCGAAAACCCAGCAGUUUCGGUCCUGGUUCUCGAAGCUGGUCCUUUGGACGACGCGAGAAAUCUUUCGAUUCCUGGAGGCCUUCUUCCUGUCCCAGGCACGAUCGGGUCAGGUGGAUGGCAAAAAUACCAAUGGGGGCUGACCACUGAGCCCCAGACCUAUCUCAACAAUCAGAGUGUGGGAAUACCACAGGGAAAGGCUGUUGGUGGCAGUUCCAUCCUCAAUGGCCUCUGUUGGUCCAGAGGCUCAGUGUCUGAUUAUGACGGCUGGGAAAAAUUGGGCAACAAGGGUUGGUCUUGGGAUGACCUACUUCCUUACUUCAAAAAGACGUUCACCUUCAAUGUUGAGCCUCAUGAUGCCCAGGAACUUCACAUAGUUCCUCAAUCAGCUGCGCAUGGACACAAUGGCUCAGUGCACGUCUCCUACCCUCAGUACUUCUAUGACCAAUCAUCCAACGUUCUCGACGGCUUUGCUGAGCUUGGUCUACCCAUAAUUGGUGAUGUGAACAAUGGGACAGCCGCAGGGGCCAUGAUCCUCCCCUCAAGCAUGCAUCCUGAUAACCAGACGAGGUUCGAUGCUAGAGAAGCUCACUUUGACUCGGCAUCUUUGAGGUACAAUUUGCACGUUGCAACCAACCAGACUGUCACCCAACUUGUUUUGGAUAGCAAUGGUGCACACAACUCGAGUCAGAGAGUUAUGGGAGUCGAGUUUGCUCCAAACAACAAGUCCAAAGCGAGAUCAGUUUCUUGUACCCGAGAGGUGAUUGUUUCGGCUGGUGCGAUCUUCACUCCCACUCUACUUCAGGUAUCGGGAAUUGGGCCGUCAGAUGUACUCAAGUCACUCGACAUUUCGGUCAAGAUUGACCUUCCUGGCGUUGGAUAUAAUCUUCAGGAUCAUCCCAUGGUUUACGCCAACUAUUACUACCGCAAUGAAUCAUAUUUCACUAGUGGUGAGAUAACCGACGACGUGUAUGAUGAAGUUGCCGAGGCCUAUAUACGGAACAGAACAGGUCCUUGGACAGCACCUCUCAUAAACACGGUUGCAUUCCCGAGUCUUCGAUCUGCAACAGACGACUGGAAACAGUCCAUGAACAAGAGUUUGGGGGAUAAUUUUCCCUCAAAUAUCCCCAACUCUGUGAAGAAGGGCUACGAAUUGACUGUCGCUGCUCAAAAGACCUUCUCCCGCGGCACCGUCCGUCCCUCAUCAUCUUCAAUCUUCGAUCUGCCAAAACUGGACCCACGAUACUGCUCCGACCUGAUAGAUUGCGAGAUUAUUGUUCUUGGUCUCCAAAUGAACACGAAGCUGAUCCAAACCAACGCCAUGAAAGAACUCAUGCCUGAAGCGGAAUCGGCGUUUGACACUACAGAUCAUGAGACGCUGAUGAAGCAUGUCAUGGAAAAGAUCACGACAGAGAGACAUCCUUCAGGAACAGCAGCAAUGAUGCCUAUUGAACUGGGAGGAGUUGUUGACCCUGAGCUCAUGGUGUAUGGCACAUGUAACUUGCGUAUUGCUGAUGCUAGUAUCAUGCCCCUGAUUCCAUCAGCCCAUCUACAAGCUAGUGUCUAUGCCAUUGCUGAGAAGGCAGCAGACAUGAUUAAAUCAGCCAAACCAGAUUGUCGUAUUGGAGAACGGCUUCCUUUCCCUCCCAGGUCGCAACCAACCACAUGA